AGCUCUGGAGUUGCUAUGAGCACCCGGUAGCAUCCAUCGUUGACCUAAAUUGGCGCCUUCUUCGUUCCCCACACCUGCUGCCAUAGCUCCUCAAUCGGAAUCUCUUGGUCUACAGGCGGAGAUCGAUGUUCCGAUUUAUCGGCGCUUGGCUACAGGCGGUGCUCCGGUAUAUUGCCGCGUGGCUUCAGCCGGCGACGGCAGCGGAUGAUUCCGAUGCCGCUGUUGCGUCGCCUCAGGCGGCGAUGGAUUUUCCCGUCACGGCUUCGCUUGGCCCCCUCCACCGGCCGCUCCAUUCGUUCAGGACCACCAAGAACAACCUCCCAUAUGGGGUCAGCGAUGGCGAGGUCCGGCGCCUCGAAGCAGAUCUCGAGGUAUUGUUCACCGAGCUCAAGAUCGUGUCUGAGGCGGAUGACCCUAGCUUCACGGCCAGGUGCUGGAUGAAGGAGGUGCGGGAGCUUCGUUACGACGCGGAGGACUUCUUCGGCCAGGUUCCGCUCUCCUCCGCCGGCGCCGGCGGAAGCGCUCUUCACACAGUCAUCCUUUGGAUUCCCAGCAAGCUGAAGCGGCGGUGCCAGGUUGCAGAAGCUUUCUCAGAUCUGCGGGCUCGUGCCAAGGACGCGAGUCGAAGACGCCAAAGUUUCCAGCUUGGUUCAGCAACCAUCAGAGCUGAAUUUGGGCAAGCCAAUGUCAACCGCUCCCCCAAAUUUAUUGGUCUUGAGGAGUCCAUGGACAAGCUUGUCAAACUGCUGGCCUUUGACAGUGAAGAUGCAGAGCAACAAGUUCAGGUGAUAUCUAUCUUUGGAUUUGCAGGUGUUGGCAAAACAACACUUAUCAGGACCUUCUAUCGUAACUUUGGAUGGAAAUUCCAGUGUCGGGCUUUCGUGCGGGUGUCAAGAAAUCCAGAUAUGAGGAUGCUUUUAUCCAGCAUCCUCUCACAAAUCAAGGCACCACCGGUCCAUGCCUUUCCUGAUGUGCAGGACCUUAUGGACAUUAUGAGAGAAUAUCUGCAAUGCAAAAGAUACUUGAUUGUAAUUGAUGACUUGUGGGCCUCCUCAACAUGGGAUAUUAUUAGCCAUGCUUUUCCUGAUGGUGAUUGUUGCAGCAGAAUAAUAGUAACCACAGAAAUCAAGGAUGUAGCAUUGGCAUGCAGUAGGUAUCAGUUUAAGUACAUGUAUGAGAUGAGUCCUCUGAAUGAUCAUCAAUCAAGAAAGUUAUUCCUCAGUAGAGUUUUUGGAUCUGAAAAUGGUUGCCCUCCAGAUUUCAAAGAAGUUACAUAUGAGAUCAUCCGGAAAUGUGGAGGUUUACCAUUAGCAAUUGAAAAUAUGGCCAGCAUGUUGGCAUGUGAACUAGGCGUUGAUCAAUGGAAGCACGUGCGAGAUUCUUUACCCUCUGCUUUGAGUUUGAGGACAAACCCUAGUUCGGAAGGGUUGAAAGAAGUUCUGAACAUUAUUUACAAUAAUCUUUCACCAUAUUUGAAGACAUGCUUGCUAUAUCUUAUUAUGUAUCCAGAGGGCAACACUGUCAGCAAGGAAGAUUUAGUGAAGCAAUGGGUAGCUGAAGAUUUGAUCGGUGAAGGGCAAGACAGAGAGAAAACUGCACGGGAUUAUUUUGAUGUGCUUUUCAGUAGAGGAAUGAUCCAACCUGUUGACAGAAAUUAUAACGAUGAGGUUUUGACAUGUACAGUUCACCACAUGGUACUAGAUCUUAUUAGGUACAAAUCUCUAGAGGAGAAUUUCAUCAUUAACGUGAGCUGUUUUCAGACAACUCCAGGUCUUCCUGAUAAGAUUCGUCGACUGUCUAUCCAGUUUGGUGGUGCAAAAUGUGCAAUUAUACCGGCAGACUUCAUGAUGACUCAAGUUAGAUCGCUUAUAUUUUUUGGGUUCUUGAACUGUGUACCUUCUGUUGUGGAAUAUAAGCUCCUUCGAGUUCUGAUUCUUCAUAUCUGGGCUGAUCAAAGCAAAAUAUUUGACCUCACUAGAAUUAGUGAACUGUUUCAGCUGAGAUAUCUGAAAAUUGAUUGCAACAUCACUGUCCAUCUGCCAGAUGAGAUUCAACAGCUAAAAUUCUUGCAGACACUGGAAUUGCAUGCACCAGUAAAUGAUAUGCCAUCGGAUAUUGGUUCCUUGCCAUUACUUCGCACUCUGGGGUAUUUUGAUCUCAGUAAGAACUCAAUGGAGAAUGUACAGAGCCUUGCCGAGCUGAACAAUCUCCAAGACCUUCAGCUCACUUUGUCUAACAUUCCGGAGCCUGAUAAUCUGAAGAACAAUAUGCAAUGCCUGGGCUCAAUUCUCUGGAAACUCAGCAACCUCAAGUCUCUAACUCUAGUACCUGCAGUCUCCUCUCAUCUAGAUGUUCUAGACGAUGCUGGUGGUGCAAUCUUGGGUAUUUCUGGCGAUGUCUUGAGCAGUGUGUCCUCUCCCCCGCCCCUUCUUCAGAGGCUUGAGCUGUCAGGGCGCUGUUGCAUCUUUGCCAGCCUACCUGAGUGGACCAAAAAACUUGGCAAUCUCUGCAUUUUGAAGAUUUCAAUUAGGAAGUUGUUGAGGAAAGAUAUUGAUAUCCUCAAAGGAUUGCCAGCCCUCAUGGCUCUGUCGCUGUAUGUUUGGACUGCUCCUGUAGGAAAGGUUGUCUUUGAUAGUGAGGGGUUCUCGGUUCUCAAAUUCUUCAAGUUUACAUGCGCUGCCCCAUGCCUGGCAUUUCUGAAAGGAGCCAUGCCUAGUGUUCGGGAGCUCAAGCUAGCAUUCAGUGCUAACAGAAUGGAGCACUACAGCCAGAUAAUUGCUGGCUUAGAGUACCUGAUAGAACUUAAAGAGAUAACAGCAAAAGUUGGGGGCACUGGUGCUGAUGAAUCUGAUAAAAGGUACACAGAGUUGGCAUUGAGUGGUGCCAUUGCCAAUCAUCCAUGCACUCCCAUGAUCAGAGUACAAUGUGUAGAUCGGAAUUUUUCUGGUGAGGAGGGUACAAGUGCCGUCACACAAGAACAAGAACACUGGACUCUGGAAAAACGACAUGAGAAACAAGAGGCCUUGCUUAAUCCUCUUCCCAUUCCAAGCACACAAACACAAUCUAGAGAUGGAGGGCAGAAUGGAGGAACAGAUAGAUCAAGCGAGGUGCUGACACAAACAAGAGAUGAAGUUCAGGAUGAAUUAGUAGAAAGAUCGAUGGAGGUCCUCACACAUGAACAGGAACACUUGACCCUGGAAAAACAACACGAGAUUCAUGAGGUAUUGCUUGAUCCUCUUCCUGAAGUUCUUUCCACUCCAAGCAGACAGACACAAGUGAGAGAGGAAGUACAGGAUGGAGAAAUAGAGAGACAAGAGCAAGGACAAUGUACCCUGGAACAAGAUGGAGUGCUGGAUGUACAAAUAGGGACAUCGAUGGAGGUGGUAGCACAAGAAGAACACGAUACUAUGCGAACACAACACGAGAUUGAAAAGGAAUUGCUUGAUCCUCGUCUGGCACCGGAACAGAGAAGUGCGUUGCUCUCGUUACCUCCAACUCCGAGGGUGCUCUCGUUACCUCCAUAUCGGACCGGUGCGAUGAUGAAGGCCGUCAUGCAGAGGUUCCGUGCGACAACACCAGUCUCAUCCUCCCACUUCCCUCUGGCGCCGCGCUCGUUGCCGCCGCGGCGGUUGGCCCAUAAACUCGCGGUCGGCGCGGCAAAGAUGGGCAAGAGGUCCAGUGAUUUAAUAAAGAAUAUCCACUCUUUCGUGAAGAAGACGCACCCCGCGACGGCGCCACCCUCAUCCUCCACCUCCCCAGUGGCGCCACGCUCGUCACCUUCGCCGCCGCGCUCAAGAGCCUGUGAGCCGUCCGACGGAGCUGAGAAAGCCGUCUGACGAUUUCAUCAAGAGGAUGAACCACACCUUCGGCAUGCAGCAUUGAAUAAUCCCACCAACCUCCUCCGAUCCAAACCCCAAACGAAUCAAAGUUUUGUUGGUGUAAAGAUAUACUAUCCUCUUAGUUUUUCUUCUUGGUGUAACGACCGCCGGAGCAGAGGCGUGCUCAUCAAACCCACCACAUUUUGGUAACUAACUGAAUCUGCAGCUCGAUCUGCUUCUUGUUUCAGUGGCGGGUAAUUAGUCGCUAUGAGGUCUUUUGUUUGUUGUUUCAGCUAAGAGUCUGUUGAUGGCCAUGAAAAAAGUAAAAGUUAGUCGCUUGGAUGGUGCAGACGUACGGUGCAAUGAGAAAUGGACAAGGCAAGAUUUGCAACUUGUUAAAGCAAAGCGGCUAUAAUGUUUUAACUUCACCAAAUCACAAUUAUUCAUGUACUUUUGCUUGUAGCAGCCAUGGCUUGGUUCAUGGCCCAUAUUGGAGUUUUACGGAUUUUU